GUCGUCACAAGCGAAUCCCCCCCCGCGCAUUCGCAUCAUCAUGGGCAAGGCACAGAAGGAAAAGGCUGCCGCCAAGGCUGCCGCUGCUGCUGCCAUGUUUGGUCGACCUCCGCCACCUCCUCUGGCCCCGGUCUCGGCCUCUGCACCGCCCAGACCGUCUGGCCUGACGGCGGCAGCGCGGGAGUUUGUUCCUGGAGCCUACACCGCCACGUCGACGUCCUUUACGCCUGGCUCGGGCCCCAGCACGCCGACGGCUGCCACGCGUUCGACGUCCAUUUUGUCGUCAGCUAGCGAAGACGACAACGACGACGAAUCCUACCAUGUUCUGUCGACAGACGAAGAAAUCGCCGCGUUUCUCGCGUCGGACGAGCCGUCGCGCAUGGAUUUCGUCCAAGUGCUGCUUGACAAGAUCAGCACACCCGCGUCGCGCAGCAUCCGUCAAUCUGCCAUCGAUGACUUGGUCAAGGCCGUGGAGCUCAUCGGGGUUGGGAGCUACACGGGCAUUUUCGUCCUCAACGAGAUCCAGCGCUUUGUCUCGGACAAGUCGGCAAACCAGCGCCAGGGUGGCCUCCUUGUUCUCAUCGGGAUGAGCAAGUGCGAUGCGAUCUCGUCCGCCAUCGAGCCCAUCCUCGUCUCGCUCUUUGUACCCAUCAUGGAGCGCCACGCGGACAAGGAACCCCAAGUACGCGACGCUGCCGUCCGCACCGUCAUGACGCUCAUCAACACCGUGUCCCCGUUGGCGACCCGUACAAUCCUCGAAGAAGUGUUCAAGGGGUUGAAGCUCAAGGCUUGGCAGUCCAAGGUCGCAUCGUGCGACUUCCUUCGCCACUUUGCCAGCAAGGCCGCGCACGAAACGUCAAACUCGCUGCCCGAGAUCAUUCCCGAGCUCUCGAACGUUGUGUGGGACACCAAGCCCCAAGUCAAGGAAGCGGCCAUCGCCGCGCUUACCGCCACGUGCUCCACCAUCACAAACGACGACGUGCUCCCCCUCGUGCCAGUCCUUGUAAACGUAAUUGCCAACCCUGAACAAUCGCUCAAGGCCAUCGACAGCCUCCUCGCCACAACCUUUGUCUCGAACGUAGACGCCCCGACCCUGGCACUGAUCGCGCCGUUGUUGAACAAAGCCCUCCGUGACACGACCACCAACUCGUCGGCGCUGCGCCGCAAAGCAUCCCGCAUCAUCGACAGCAUGUGCCGCUUAGUCUCUCGACCCGUCGACAUUGCGCCGUUCGUGCCGCUGCUGCUGCCGCAGUUGGACUCUGUCAUUGAACGCAUCGCGGACCCGGAACUUGCCGAAGUCGCCGCGGAUGCCCGUAGCUGCUUGAAGCGCGCCGCCGGCGAAGGCAGCGCCGAGGAGGAUCCGUCCAAGACCCGCGCUGCGAUUCAAGCGGCGCUUCUGCAAGGUCUACACGAUGCGCUCGACAUCGCGACCCACCCUGGGCUGACCGAGGUUGCGCUGCAUUAUAUCACAGACAUUUGCGCGGAACUGGUAACGAUGAAUCGCGGCAAGGAGUGGCGCGGGUUUGUCAUGCCGUACUUGCUCCCACAUAUGCAAGACGAAGAUGCCGAUCACGUGUGCAAGGCGCUCCGAAAGGCCGGCGGCGGCCUCGGCGACGAUCGCGAAGUGUCGGUGGACCCAAACGACGUGUGCGACAUUGACUUUUCCCUUGCGUACGGCGGCAAGAUCUUGCUGCGGAAUGCCCGCCUGCGCCUCACGCGCGGCCACCGGUACGGCCUCGUCGGAAAGAAUGGGGUCGGAAAGACGACGUUGAUGCGAAACAUUGCCAACCACACGAUCGAGGGGCUGCCGACCCACCUCCGUACCAUCUACGUGCAGCACGAAGACCAGGUCCCGGACGCCGGAUCGAUGCUCGACUCGCUGUGCGCGGACCCCGACCUCGCCCACAACACGCGCGAGGCCGUCAUCGACACACUCAAGUCGGUCGGGUUUACGCAACAUCACAUGGACGGCACGAUCGCGGCGCUGUCGGGCGGAUGGCGCAUGAAGCUGUCGCUGUGUCGCGCGAUGCUGUACAACGCGGACGUGUUGUUGCUGGACGAACCGACAAACCACUUGGACGUCCAUGCUGUGGCUUGGCUGGUGAGCUACUUGAACUCGCUCGAGUCGAUGACGGUGCUGCUUGUGUCGCAUGACACGGGCUUUCUCGACAACGUGUGCACGGACGUGCUGCACUACGAGCAGAAGCAGCUCGUUCUGUACCCCGGCACACUCGCCCACUUUGUCGAGAUCCACCCGGAGGCCAAGCACUACUACGAGUUGUCGGCGUCGGACUGCCAGUUCAUCUUUCCCCAGCCCGGCCGUCUCGACGGCAUCACGUCCACGACCCGCCGCAUCCUGUCGAUGGAAAACGUCAACUUCACGUAUCCCGGCGCCGCCAAACCGCAGCUCGUCGACGUCAACAUCAAGCUGUGCCUGGCCUCCCGCGUCGCCGUGAUCGGCGGCAACGGCGCCGGGAAAUCGACGCUCAUCAAGAUGCUUGUCCAGGAAACGUCCCCCGACUGCGGUGAGAUGUGGAAGCACCACAACUUGCGCGUCGCGUACGUUGCGCAGCACUCGCUCCACCACGUCGAGCAGCACUUGGACAGCUCUCCCGUCGAGUACAUUCAGUGGCGGUAUGGCGGACCGGGCGGGAUCGACCGCGAACUCGACUCGCGCGUGAAUGUGGCGCAGUCGGAGGAGGAAAAAAACUUGGUCGGCAAGUCGACCGGGCAGAUCGAAAAGAUCAUUUCUCGCCGCAUGGUCAAGAAAACGCUCGAGUACGAAUGCAAGCUCGUCAACAUGUCGGAGAAGCACAACAAGUUUUACACGCUGGACCAGCUCGUCGAAAUGGGUCUCGGCAAGCUCGCGGAACUGGAGGAUAUCCGCCAGGCGACCCUUGCCGGCGGCGGCGACCUGCGCUCGACCACGACGCGCGAAGUCCAAAAGCACUUGGACGACUUUAACUUGGCGGCCGAGUUUGGCACACAUGGCAAGAUUCGCGGCCUCUCGGGCGGCCAAAAGGUCAAGCUCGUGAUUGCCGCCGCCAUGUGGACGCGGCCCCACUUGCUUGUGCUCGAUGAACCGACCAACUACUUGGACCGUGCCGCCCUCGGUGCGCUCGCGGACGCGAUCCGCGUCUUUGCCGGCGCCGUCAUCAUGAUUUCCCACAGCGAUGAGUUUUACAACUCGCUGUGCACGGAGAAGUGGCUCGUCGAGUCGGGCCGCGUGCGCGUGAUCGGUGAAGCCCAAGAAACCGAGUAUCGGCUGGGUGGCGGCAAAAAGGUCAUGGAAGAGGCGGAGGAACCGGAUCCGUCGCGGUCUGGCUUUGGCUCGACCAACGAUCGCAUCAAGGUCACGGGUGUGAUUAUCAACCCCAAGUCCCUCCGUGCCAUGAGUACCAAGGACGUGCGCAAGAUGCAAAAGUGCGCCAAGGCGGCCGGCCGGUCGCUGGAAGAGCACGUCGCCCAACUCACCCGGGAAAGCCCCGAGUGGAAGUGGUUGCCGUAUUAAACAUAUUUUACCCUUUUGAUUAUAUAAGAAUGCCCCCAUCGUUGUCCUCAUCCUCGGCCACCAGCGACGCUUCGUUUGUGAAACCUGCCGUCGACGUCGUUGCAUUGAAAUGAAUCGUGCACAGCUCUCGGUGUACCCAACCACUUUCCAACCGAACAUGAUGCAACGGCGAAGUUCGCAGCGUCGCGGGAAAGCGGCGCAGUCUGUUGGUGCUGGAUACACCCCGACCAAGUGCACGCGUCGUCCGUCUGUGUGCAACCACCCGCUGAAGAAUGAGACGUGACAAAUGACCAGCACACGUACGCCAUGGACCGACAUGCACGACGUUAUCCAGCGCCGAACGCUCCAUGCAUGCCGAGUUCCAUCAUCCCGUCGGGAGGAGGAAUGUACAAAAU